AUGUCUCCACUAUGGUUAUAUUGUAUCACACUAUUGUUUGUUACUCGAUCGUCUUCACUGAACAUAUUAUUUGUGAGUGACGGUGCAGCCGGUCAUGUAACUACUGUUUACGAAUUGGCCAAAACUAUGAAAAAUCACAAUGUGACAUUUUUUACCCAACAAUUAGCCAAAAGUUAUGUCAAUUUUGAAACAUCAGCUACAUUUCAUUUGAUCUAUUCUAAUGAUUCAACUGAAGCAGCCGUUAACGAGAAGAAACUCGAACAAGAACUCAUUGGAGUCUACGCCAAUCAUUCCUUUAUUGACUCGAUUUUCUAUUCGACUCCUAGUGCAUUACCGUACGUCAUACGAUUCUUGAAUAAAACGAUCGAAAUUUUAAUGAAACAACGUUUUGAUGUGAUCGUCGUCAAUGGUCUACUGAUGUGGGGUCCAAUAUUAUGUGAUGCAAUAAAAACACCGUGCGUCAUUCAAAGUCCGGUGUCUAUACCAAAUGUUUUGAAUUUGAAUUUACCAAAUUAUUUCUCCCUAUUAACACCGACAGACAUGACAAAAGUAACAAGUCGUCUAUUUAAUGCAAUUUUUACAUUUCGAUUGGCAUUUUCAUCGUUCUUUAAAUCUCUUCCUUUGUUUUACAAAGUUUUCCACGCACUGCCACGUGUUCCAGGUCCUUUCUAUCAUAGUUUUACAUUAAAAAAUCUUCUCUUGUUAAAGCCGAAAAAUUUGCAUUUGAUCAGCAUGCCGUCAACAUUUCAUGUGCCAACAAUAGAGGAUCCUUAUACAAAAUAUUUAGGUGCGUUCAUAGAUGAAACCAGAGUCAAUAUUACUGACAAGGAUUUAGCUCGUUGGUUUCAAUCCAAAAAGAUGAAUUCGGUCAUAUUUGCAGCGUUCGGAAGUACAUCAUUGAUUCCUCACGACCGAAUGGUGAGUCUCAUCAUCGGUAUCGCCACGUUCCUCAUAGAAGUGCCCGAUAGUUCUGUUUUAUUGGCAUUGCGCAACGUCAAUUAUGACACCUAUGAAUCAGUACUCAAGACAAUUGACAACGAUCAAAUUCGUUAUAUAUUCGAUUCGGUUGAACGAGUAAAAGUUGAACGUGGAUUUGUACCACAGAAAUGGAUUCUUCAACAACAUUCUGUCAAGAUAUUUCUCAGUCAUUGUGGCAUGGGUUCAAUCAUCGAAGCAUUUUAUUAUGAGAAACCGGUUCUCUGUAUGCCGUUUAAUAUGGAUCAAUUUAGCAAUGCAGUUACUGUUGUUUAUCGCGGAGUUGGACUAUCUUUAUUUGUUCCGAAUCUGUCGCCAUUGGAAUCAUUGAUUACUCCAUAUGAUUAUCGGCAUUAUGCGUUCACCUCUCGAGAUGUUCAAGAAAAGUUAUCAAAGCUUUGGUUGAAUGCUGUCUAUCAACAAGCAGUGAAGCGACUAUCCGCGGAAAUGAAAUAUGCAGGAGGUGUCAAGAAAGCAGUUGAAUUAAUUGAAUUUUUCGUCGAAAUGAAUGGAACUUUCGAUCGUUUUAUUCCUUUUGAAGCAACAUUGCCAUUUUAUCAACGAUAUCUCCUUGAUUUAUUCGUCAUUUUCGUUCUUCCACCUGGAAUAACAAUUCUUUUCGUUCUUGUCAAAUAUUGUCAAAGACAAUCGAAACAAAAGAUCGAGUAG